AUGAGCCACUUGACACUGAACGCGGAGGAAUUCAGUUUGAAGGAAAAUAAAUCAACAACCAGGAAGUUAAACAGGGGAGGAAACGUAUUCGCUGUGCUGGAGCAUCUAAACUCUCAAAAGAUAUCCGAAGGCUUUUAAGGUUUUUUUUAAAAUAACAGCGUCAAGUGAAAGAAAGUCGAACCGCCGGGUUGUGCUCCGAGGGAAUAGUCUCCAACAAGAUGGACUUUGAUCCGGAGCGAGGAGGCGAGGCGGAAGAGCCAACGGGCAAGGUGCAGACCUUGAAGGACCAGGUGGCUGGAGUGAAAGACAUCAUGACGCAGAAUGUGGACCGGAUUCUGGCCCGAGGGGAGAGACUGGAUGACCUAAUGGGCAAGUCAGAGGACCUGCAAGCAGGGGCUCAGCACUUCAAGCAGACGUCUCAGAAAGUGGCUCGCACCUACUGGUGGAAGAACGUGAAGCUGGUGGUGGUCAUCGUGAUCGUCGUCCUCAUCAUCGUCCUCAUCAUCAUCCUGCUGGCCACCGGAGUCAUCCCCGUCAGUUCCUCCGUGCCUCCUAUAGUCAAUCCCACCACCAAGCCAUAAACGCACACAAAUAAUGUAAAUACUGUCAUCAACAAACACAUUGUUAUUGCACUGUAUGCAAUGUAAUAUAUAUAUAUAUAUAUAUAUAUAUAUAUAUAUAUAUAUAUAUAUAUAUAUAUAUAUAUAUAUGUGUAUGACUGGAGCAAAUAACUGCUGUCUGGUGAAAUCUUUUCUUCUUCCGAGUUAGUUUCUACUGGUUACUUUCAUGCUUCUAUUGGAAUUCAAGGACUAAGCGACUUUGAUGGCACAUAGUUUUUGAAACUCUUUUAAAAGCACAAUUCCAGCGUAGCCAUUCUUGAAUUUGUGGGAAAUGGAACCAGGGUGUCUGAAGCCUGACGGCAGCGAAGAGCACAGUCCCUGUUCUCAAAGGACGCUCCACAGCAGCUCCUCUUUGUUUAACUGCUUCUCCACCAACGGUUAUUGCGUUGGUGGUGAACGGUCAACGAGAAAGUCACUUUAAUGUGUGUGUGUGCGAAGGAAAUGAUGAAAGUGGAUUUCUCAAGUCUCUUACGAGACAUUAUUUUGGUCUUGAAUGUUAUAACUUGUGUGCACCUUUUUUACAAGGGGCCGUUUGUACCGUUUAAGAGAUGAAAAAAUGCAGUUUCUAAUGGAAAUCCGGCAACGCGUUGUUGUUUAUUUGCUGUAGAAUUUGAAACAAUUUUAGGUCACUCUCUAUAUUUGAUAAAAUGCUGAAUUGUGUGUUGGAUGUGUAGAUUAACCAUUUGUGGGCUUAAUUCCUUUUCAAAGUGCUUCCAAUUUAUUUGUAGUCAGACAAUCUAGAAAAAGUAAUUUGUCCAGAGAAAUUCUUUUAAAAUGUACACACUUUAUGUGAUGGGAUGUGUGUAACCCCACACAGUCAAAGUUUAUAAUCAGUCGUUGUGUUGAGUUUGAAGACGGUGAGCCGGGUCACCGCUGGCUACGACUCCGAGUCCAGGCGUGCAUCUUUAAAUGUUCAUCGGAGUUUGGUUUGGGCUAUAAAACGUAUUGAAAACGACACAGCGUUUGCAGUUAUGAGUUUUUCUACUCGACAGAUAUGUGUGGUCCUUUAGAAGGGACGCUCACACAAAAUUGUAGAUUUUUGUAGCAGUAUUUUUUUUUUUUUUUAACAGAUCAUGCGCUUUAACUCUAGAAAUAUUGCAGUUGUAAGUGCGUGACCUUUUGUACUUUGAUAAAGUUCUGUUCCCACAUUUCUAGUUUUUGGUUCCUCCAGCCAACCAGCUGAGAGAGCGAUCAUUUACAGCUCCAUGGCGCCCCCUGCUGAGUUCAUGUCAACCAAUAGACCCCCACACUCAGAAAACAAGUCUCCCCUGCUGUUACAGUACCAGUUUAGCUUCAAAGAGAUCACAAUGAUACCCAAUAUGAAGUGUAAAUAGUCAAUAUUAUCUCACCACUCUGUAUAUUUGGGUAAGUUUUUGACUAAUGUGUUUGUUAACUGUUCUUUUAGACGCUAUUUAUUUAAUGCUUUACGUUCUAUUUUUUUUUAAUCAAAAAUGAACCAAUGAAAGCUGUAUGUGAUUUCUAUUUAAACAGUUAAUUCAUAAUGAUUGAUCAUAAAAUGCUACAGUUCAAUUACUCUGCUGUUAAUCAUUUUCUAGAAGUAAGUAUAAAAAUGAGGCUCUGUGUUGUGUUUUUAACGUGGCUCUGGGGAGCAGUAGCCCUAAAGUCAUUUUGAAAUCAACAUAUUCCCAAACGGAUGAAAUUAAAUAUCAACAUCCUGCUCUGCUGACCUGUGACGUAUGUGAAUGUUUUGAUUAACAGAAUUAUCAGUGGCCUCAUUCUGAUGUUUUGUGGCAUUUAAUGGUUUAAAUGGUCUGAUAUGAAAUAAAUACUAUUUUUCUCUCAA